GCGUCUAUUCUCCUGCUCACACCCCUCUAUUGGUUCCUUUAUCAUUUCAUCAUUUCACUCCCCGGGUCACAGCGGCUCGUGUUUCCAGCGGGGCCACACCUCUGCUGCAGCUCUGGAUUGGCCCUCCGAGCCGUCACCCCUUCUCUCUCUCUGCAGUUCCGCGUUGCAGAGCAUUUAAAUCCUGCAGCGUUUCCUCCCCAGCCUCCACUCUCUCUCUCUCUCUUUCUCUCUUUCUCUCUCUCUCUCAGGCUGCCACCAUGUCCGACCAAGGAGUCUUCGACACCAACGUGGUCACCGUGACCCGGUUCGUGAUGCAGGAGGGGAGGAAGGCGAAAGGCACCGGGGAGCUGACGACGCUGCUCAACUCUGUGUGCACCGCGGUGAAGGCCAUCUCCAGCGCCGUGCGCAAAGCCGGGAUCGCCCACCUUUACGGCAUCGCUGGCAGCACCAACGUGACCGGGGACCAGGUGAAGAAGCUGGACAUCCUGUCCAAUGACCUGAUCAUCAACAUGAUCAAGUCGUCUUUCACCUCCUGCGUGCUGGUGUCUGAGGAGAACGAGAGAGCCAUCAUAGUGGAGCCAGAAACCAGGGGCAAAUACAUUGUGUGUUUUGAUCCUCUGGACGGCUCCUCCAACAUCGACUGUCUCGUCUCCAUAGGAACCAUCUUCGCCAUCUACAGAAAGACCACGGAUGACGAGCCCUGUGAGAAGGACGCCCUGCAGCCCGGCCGGGCCCUGGUGGCGGCAGGCUACGCCCUCUACGGCAGCGCCACCAUGAUGGUGAUCUCCACCGGACACGGAGUCAACGGCUUCAUGCUCGACCCAGCAAUUGGCGAAUUUAUCCUGGUUGAUCGGGACGUGAGGAUCAAGAAGAAAGGCAAGAUUUACAGCUUGAACGAAGGCUACGCAAUGCACUUUGACCCCGCCGUCACAGAGUACCUGCAGAAGAAGAAGUUCCCUAAGGACGGCACUGAGCCCUACGGCGCCCGUUACAUCGGCUCCAUGGUGGCAGACGUCCACCGGACGCUGAUGUACGGAGGAAUCUUUUUAUACCCAGGAAAUGUGAAGAGCCCCCAAGGAAAGCUGCGGCUGCUGUACGAAGGCAACCCCAUGGCGUUCAUCAUGGAGCAGGCGGGCGGCAUGGCCUCCACCGGCUUCGAGAACAUUCUGGACAUCCAGCCGGACAGCAUCCACCAGCGGGCCCCGGUGGCCAUGGGCUCCCCCGAGGACGUCCUGGAGUACAUCGCCAUCUGCCAGAAACACGGCAAGAAGAAGUGAGACGGCGCCGCCCGGCUGAACGAACCUCAUACCUCCAGACUGGAAAACUGCUGUUCGCAAAUGGUUUCUUAAGCCAAAAAAAAAGUCUGGAUUUUCUUGGUUUAAAUGACCAAAAUUGGAGUUGUAAGGUUUUUAAUUCCACACCAGCAAAGUUCAUGUUCUGCUGAUGGAAUAUAGAAGUUUGUUGUUCAGUGGAAACAUUAAAAAACUGAAGCUCAGUUGCACACAAACGCACACAUUCCGCACACACACACAGAGAAAAAGCCAAAGACUAAAAAUGUGCCAAAAAACAAACUUGAAUAAGCUAAACCUGAAGGUUGUUCCUCCUGUUUACCUUCACUUGUGCCUUAAUUUAGAAUAAACAUAUAUUCUAGUCGUCUGAAGGACCAAACACAAACCUGAUGCCUUUUAAAGAUGUGAACUGUUUGGAAUGAUGAAGUCUCUCAAUAAAUCCAAACGAGUUGAACAAAAAUCACUGUUUUCA